AUGCGCUCUUCGCAACUUCUUAGCCUAGCCCUGCUGUGGGCAUCCGCGCUUGGGGCCAAGUGCUACUGGCCCGACGGGUCGCAAGCCAUUAACAGCUACAUUUGCAACACCACCGCAGUCGACAAUGGCGGCUACAGCGGGUGUUGCUUGAAGAACGAUAUCUGCUACUCCGAUGGGUCGUGUGCACAGGCUAUGACGAAUAUACCGUAUCGCUUGACCUGCACUGACAAGGACUGGCAGGAUGAUGCUUGUCCGAAAAUGUGUCUGUCUGCCGGCUCCAAAAACAACUCUGUACUUUGGAUACAGCGCUGUUUUCCCCGAUCUCGCAAAUCUUGCUGCCUUACCGAUUCCCCUUCCUGCUGCAACGAAGACCCACCCGCGGGCGACUUCUUCAAGUACGAACCCGGCCUCGUCACCGCCUUUCUGGACGACGACGGCAACGACCGCCUUUCUGCUUCGCAGUCUGCUGCAGCUACGGCCUCUUCGUCGUUAAAUGCUGCGGCAAAAUCCUCUGCAAGCAGUGAUAAUACGGGGAAAAAUGCAGCGAUUGCCCUGGGUGUUGUGUUGGGUGUGAUAUUGAUUGCUUCGGCUGCCAGUACUGCUUUUCUGUGGAAGAAGUAUAAGGCUGAGAGCCAUUUGAGGUCGGUUGCAGAGAGUAAAUUGCUCUUGCCGCAUGAAAAUCCUCGUGGUGGAGGUGGAUCGGGGAAGCCAUAUAUUGCGGCGGAAUUGCCGAAUGCGGACCGAGAGAUUAGGGAAAUGCCGAGUUAA